UACCUUGUCAACAACAUGAACUCCCAUCUGGUGGUAUCAUGCCUUUUGGCUAUCGCGGCUGUCACGUCAGCCAACCCGCCCUCAUUGGGACUCGUGCCCAUUACCACCAUCGAUAGAAUCCCGAACCCGAGCUACGCAUUCAACUACGCGGUAAACGACCCUCACACGGGCGACAACAAGGCGCAGUGGGAGUCGCGGCACGGAGACGUGGUCAAGGGGGCAUACUCGCUGGUGGAGCCCGACGGCAACAUCCGCCUUGUCGAGUACACUGCCGACCCUGUGACCGGCUUCAACGCCGUGGUUAAGAGGACCGGACCCAACAUUCAUUCAGUUGGCCUCCCAGUCGCCGCGCCUGUCGUCGCGCACGCCCCCGUCGUCGCGCCUGUCGUUCAUGCCCCGGUCGCCCCCAUCGCACCAAUUGCCCCUCUCCACACCGAAAUCAUCACCCCCGUGAUCGACGCCCCGCUACUAGCCCCGCAGAUCAUCCACCCCCUGCCCGCAUUGGACCUCGUACCGUACCACUUGCCGCCCCUAUCCCCAUGGGUUCACUUGUCUGGAGCCUCGUACGGCCACAAGGGCAAUAUCGUCCGCCGAUGGGCCGCUGGACCCAUCUCCCUAGCCGGCAAAACGCUCACUAUUAAAACUAAACACUAAUUUAUAAUUCGAAUUUAGAAUUCGGUGGUUGUUUUUAGACGUUUAUGACGCACAUGUUUUGUUUUUGUCAUAUGAUCAAGACUAUUUCGUUGCACUCUUUUCAAUAGUAUAUGUGCAAUGCGGAUUCUUAUGUAAAUACAAACGGAUCUCCACCGAUUUUCUGAUAUAAUAUAUGUAACUUCUUCCGUGUAUAGGUAACCUCUAGUUACUCACGGCGCUAGUGUGUUUUUGCAUAGGCUAUGUACGUGCAAAAAUACACGUAGGUCUUGAUAGAAGUUAAGUACGACGGUAUAUCCAAAGCAACGAAGUGUACCUGAACGACUUGUAUGUUGUUUGAUUGUAAAUAAAGUGUAUUAUUUACAAAUG